UCUAUCCGUUCUCGGUGGGUGGGGAGACAAGGAGGCGACACCAGCGAGCGAGCCCGCAAGUCGACACGGUUUGUUUGUUUUUUUCCGCCAAGACUCCGCACGGUUUGGCGUUUGCAACCUCGACAAAAGGAGCCGUGAGAGUCCAGAGGGUCUUGUGGGAGCCAUGGCCAGUGUUUAUGGAUGGCCAAUGAACACUCUUAACCCAGUCCAAACAGCUAGCCCCUUCCUCGAGAUCAUCGAGCAGCCCAAGCAGCGCGGGAUGCGGUUUCGGUACAAGUGCGAGGGCCGUUCCGCGGGCAGCAUACCUGGGGAGAAAAGCAACGACACCACCAAGACCCACCCGGCCAUUAAGGUGCACAAGUACAGCGGCCCCUUGCGCGUUCGCAUCUCCCUGGUGACAAAGAACACGCCGUACAAGCCCCAUCCGCACGAGCUGGUCGGAAAAGACUGCAAGCACGGCUACUACGAGGCCGACCUGCAGGAGAGGCGGGUGCACAGUUUUCAGAACUUGGGCAUUCAGUGCGUGAAGAAGAAGGACGUGAUUGAGGCCAUCACGUGUCGGCUGCAGACCAACAACAACCCGUUCAACAUUCCCGAGGCCAAGGUGUGGGAGGAGGAAUUUGACCUGAAUUCGGUGCGGCUCUGCUUCCAGGCCUCCAUCACGCUGCCUACGGGGGAACUCUUCCCCCUGGACCCCGUGGUCUCGCAGCCCAUCUUUGACAACAGGGCCCCCAACACAGCAGAGCUGAAGAUCUGCAGAGUGAACCGCAACUCGGGCAGCUGUAAAGGCGGCGAUGAAAUCUUCCUCCUGUGCGACAAAGUGCAAAAAGAGGACAUCGAGGUGCGCUUCUUCCAGGACUCCUGGGAGGGCAAGGGCACUUUCUCCCAGGCGGACGUCCACAGGCAGGUGGCCAUCGUGUUCCGCACGCCACCCUACCGCGACGCCAACCUCAGCGAGCCCGUCCGCGUGAAGGUGCAGCUGCGCCGGCCCUCGGACCGCGAGGUCAGCGAGCCCAUGGACUUCCAGUACCUGCCCGCUGACCGGGACGAAUAUAGGCUGACUGAGAAGCGGAAACGCACUGGCGAUAUGUUCCAGAAUCUGAAGCUUGCACCUGUGCUGUCUACAGUGUCAAUUCCACCACCAGAUCGAAGACACAUCAGCCCCGUCCGGAGGACGGUCCCAGCCAAACCUCCGUCAAUGAUGGCCCCACUUUUUCCCCCCGUUGCCAGCGGAGCCAAAUCGCAACCCACCUUCACUUAUUUGCAGCAGAGCCAGAUGUUCUUGGACCACAACAAGGUGGGGGCCUCACCUUCCCCCAACUCUUCUUCCUCCAAUUCGGCAGCAGCAGCUACGAGCCAAACGUGGAAGAUCAUGGAGAGCUUGAACCUGGGCCCGCAGCCCAAAGUCGCGCAGGGUUCGAGUUUCGCCGUGAACCAGCCGCCCGUUUCCAGGCAGGACUACUCCACCCUCAAACUGUCAGACCUUCAGGAAUUCUUUCCCGACAUCUCCUCGGUCAUCACCCAGGAGCAGUUGGCCUCGCAGGGGGGCGUGGCCUCUUCGCAGUCUGCCGGCUUCUUCCCCUUACUGGCCUCUCAGUUCCCAGCGGACGCCGCUUCGGCCGAGGACGACAUCCCGCAGUUCCCCAGCUUUCCGGAAGCCCAGGCGCCGGGAACCCUGGACAGCCUCAACAUGGACGACUUUGUAGACCUCCUGAACCCUCCGCACGAGAGCGUCAACGGCCAGCGACCCGGCCCCUCCUCCGCCUCGUCGGCCACGACCCACCGCAACGCGGCGGCGCAGAACACUUUGGACCCGGCCGGCAUGCCGGGGAGCACCUGGAUGAAUUAUCCCAACAGCAUCGUCAACCUGCUCCAGAACGAGAGCAUGAUGGACGUCUUGACCAGUAACAACAACCAGCAGCGGCCCGCCGUGCUGGACGAGUUUGACGAGUUGAUAUCCGUGGAUGAGGAUCAUCUCAUUUCCAUUUUCACAGCGGAAGCCAAGCUGGUUUUGUUUCAGGACACCCGACCUAAAACGCAUUCAGAGCCCUGUUCAUCACGCCGCUUGUUUCGGGCCCAUUUGGAAAACCAUUUCAACAUUUAUUCCAGAUCCUCCAUAUCCUAGUGCGCUCUUUGUCCUCACUAGUUACACGGUUUAAGGGUUCUGGUUUUGAGUUGGGUUACUUGUGAGGACAAAGAGCGUACUAGUACAUGGACUGAAAGGUGGAUUUUAAAUAGAUGCUGCAACGGCUUCCCUUAGGGCAGACAUGAAGGGACCGAAUGUAGCUCACGAGGACACCAGCAAUAAAUGUUGACCAGCAUUUUAUUAUUCGUAUUUUUUUUGUAACUACAACAACGACAGGUGUGCUAUUCUCACGAGAAAUGCGAACAGAUUUAAAGGUAAGUCUAUGCAGCUGUUUGGUCAAAUAGUCCGUCUCCUUCGUAAUACAGCAAUGUACAAUAGUGUUCGUCAUCUUAAGAGGUUUCCUCUGUCCAGACAGAAGAAAUCUAGAAACCUCUUUCUGUAGUCAGCGACUUUGGGUCUCCUUGCCUACAAGUGAAGGCAUUCCAGCACCUAUUUUUUUUUUCUUCUCCCCCCCCCCCCCCUCGCCCCACAAAGUAAACAAAACCAAAACAAUUCCCAAACGACAGCUCGUAACUCACGGGGCACUCGUUAGUCAAGGUAACGAUGUACUACUUUUCUCGAACAUCUCGCCAAAUUGUAGUCACGUGCGCAGAACCAAAUGAAGGGUCUACUUGUAAAUAAUACAGGCAACAUUCACGUGUGCUGGUAUAGCAAUGAACUGUGAAAGGUUUCAUGCUUUGUUUGGCGGUAUCUCCCAAUUUGCAUCAUUUAUUGCUGUGUUUCCCAACCUUUGUGCCAAUAUAUAUAUAUACCUGUAUAUACAUAAGAACAAAAAAAAAAAAAGUCAUAACUGUUCAAUUCUCGUGUCAACUUUUUUUGAAAUGCCAGAAACAAAAAUGAUCGCGACAUCAUCGUCAAUGCAGCGAUGGAGCUUCUGAAUGAUCUCAGGCAGGGCUGACUUCUUCGGGAGUCACAAGGACUCAUGCCAUACCGCUUAUGACAAGGCUCCUUUCAACUGCGUCCGGGGCAAGUGGUGCUGGCCUCACCCAGUGCAGUUUUCCGGUGUUCAGUCCUAAAUUUUAAAUGCAAUGUCACACAGGAUAGGGAGAUCAUCACAUUCCCACGCAUUCAGGAUAAGUUAAUUCAGUCCAAGCAUGGCUUUUAUUCUGUUGCUGGCCUCACGAAAACUAUUUGUUUUCCACUUCCACUUCCAUUUCCAUCACUUCCGACUUCAUCAUCACGCUUCGGGUGCUCUCCCAAAUGUUCCCUGUUGAACAGGCAAUUUAGCACCUGCUGAUUUGGAUCUUAAUAGCAAAUCAGGCCUGUAGUGCCAUAGCACACUGGUUGGGAAUCACUGAUGUAUUGUAUGACUGCAGCUUCGUUUAAAUGGAUUCAAACCUACUUGCUUCAUUUUCUAAUAAAAGAUGUUUGGA